UUUUUAUUUUUUUGAAGUGAAAAGCAUAAUUCCAGUAUCUAAAACAGCACAUUCCCUCCUCUUCUCUCUCUCUCUUAUUAUAACAGAAAAAACCACCAUAUUUGUACUGUCCUAACUCUUUAGUCUCCAUUUUCUGUAAAAAGGGUCUUAAAGGGUGUCCAAAUCUUUUUUUUUUUUUUGAAGUUUGUUAAACCAUACUGUUUCCUCCAUUUUAUGAAAAAGGGUCUUAAAGGGUGUCCAAAAGUUGAUUUUUCUUUGAAUUUGUUAAACCAUACCAUUUCCUCCAUUUUAUGAAAAAGGGUCUUAAAGGGUGUCCAAAUCUUGAAUUUUCUUAAAAUUUGUUAAACCACAUCAUUUUCUGCUAAAGGGUGUCCAAAUCUUGAUUUAAAAAAAAAGAAGAAGUGUUAAACCACACCAUUUCUUCCAUUUUCUGCAAAAGGGUCUUAGAGGGUGUCCAAAUCUUGAUUUUAAAAAAAUAAAAUUGUUAAACCAUCCCAUUUCAUCCUUACUUGUGUUGUUGAAGUCUCUGAUUCCAUUUUUAGAAAAAGAGUCUUAAAGUGUGUCAAAAUCUUGGAUUUUCUUAAAAGAUUUGAAGUUUAUAAUGUUAUUGUAACUUUACUCUACUUCUUUUUUUUGACGUUUGCCUGAAAUAGAAAGUUACCUACUAAACUUCAUCUUCUUGUCUUAAAGGGUAUCCAAAUCUUGAAUUUGGCAAAAAAAGGGUAGUUGAAUUGUUACUUUCUUUUACUGGUUGGUAUUUGACCCUUUGGAGUACAUUUUCAAGUAACCAAUUUAUAUAUUACAGAGUUGGUGCGAAAAGAGGUUAAAAAUAUGGUGACUAAGGUGACUUCUCCUAGAAAAUCAAUACACACUGUUUUAGAGAGAGUUGGUGUUUAUGGAUUUGUUGGAGGUAGUAGCCAAAAGAGAUUAAAAUAUGAUUUUCAAGAAGAUGAAGAUGAUACCAUGGAAAUGGUGCAAAUUGGUGCUGAAAGAACCAAAAAUGUGCUUAUUUUGAUGAGUGAUACUGGUGGUGGUCAUAGAGCUUCAGCUGAGGCUAUUAGAGAUGCUUUCAAUUUAGAAUUUGGUGAUCAAUAUAGGAUUUUCGUCAAGGAUGUUUGGAAGGAAUACACAGGCUGGCCAUUGAACAACAUGGAGCAACAAUACAAGUUCAUGGUUAAACAUGUUGGCCUUUGGAGCGUCGCAUUUCAUGGCACGUCCCCUCGGUGGAUACACUCCGUCUAUCUUGCUGCUAUUGCCGCCUUCUAUGCAAAGGAGGUAGAAGCUGGCCUGAUGGAGUACAAGCCAGACAUAAUCAUUAGUGUUCAUCCUCUUAUGCAGCACAUUCCUUUAUGUGUUCUUAAAUGGCAAGGCCUGCAGAAAAAAGUAAUUUUUGUAACAGUUAUUACGGAUCUCAACACUUGCCAUCGCACAUGGUUUCAUCCGGGAGUCAAUCGUUUGUACUGCCCCUCAGAGGAGGUAGCAAAGAGAGCCUCACUAGAUCGCUUGGGAGAAUCUCAAACACGUGUUUUUGGUUUGCCCAUCCGGCCUUCUUUUUGCCGGGCAGUUCUUUCCAAAGAUGACCUUAGAAUAGAACUUGAGAUGGACCCCACAUUGCCAGCGGUUUUGCUGAUGGGUGGCGGUGAAGGGAUGGGUCCUGUGAAAAAAACUGCAAAGGCUCUUGGGGAAGCACUCUUCGAUAAGCAACUUGGCAAACCUAUAGGUCAAAUGAUUGUCAUAUGUGGACGCAACGAAGCCCUAGCAUCCACAUUACGAUCACUCGAAUGGAACAUCCCCGUCCAGAUCAAAGGAUUUCAGAAACAGAUGGAGAAGUGGAUGGGUGCUUGUGAUUGUAUUAUCACAAAGGCUGGACCUGGUACAAUUGCGGAAGCAUUAAUCAGGGGACUUCCCAUUAUUCUGAACGACUACAUCCCUGGACAAGAGAAGGGAAAUGUUCCCUUUGUAGUUGACAACGGAGCUGGUGUUUUCACGCGACGCCCUAGAGAAACAGCUCGGAUCGUUGCAGAAUGGUUUACCACCAAAAGCGACGAGCUGAAAAGGAUGUCAGCGAACGCGCUUAAACUCGCACAACCUAAUGCUGUAUUUGAUAUUGUGAAGGAUAUACAUGAAUUGGCAUGCCAGAGAGGUCCUCUUGCCAACAUUCCUUAUAUGUUAACAUCUUCAUUUUCAAGCCUAAUUUAGCAUAACAGUCUCUAGUUUGUUUGCUUUCUAGUAGCAUAUUAUGUAGAGAGUAGGUUCAUUCUUUGGCCACAAAGGCUUGGUGCUCAUUGUAAGAUGUAAUUAUUUUGCUAGUCAAAUUCUGAUCCAUGGGUAAAAAAUAUAAGAGAUGGAGGAUUGCCAAGAAAAAAGAAAAAAAAAAAGUGAAGGUGCAUUUUUCUUGGAGUUUUGUGUGGAAAUAGAAAAGUGUGAUUAUGAUUUUUUGACUCUA